AUGAGAACAACAUCAACAGUUUUAAAGCACUUUUCAACUUUAUUCUUCAAAUUGAAUCUACAAAAUUCCCUCAAGCAAGGCACCAACAAAAUCUUUUAUAAAGUUGAAAAGAAGGAUUUAUUCAACAGCAAUGAAUUGUCAGGGUACAAAUAUUUCAUAAUUGGUCCCAUUAGGCCAUUCCCUGCUGUCUAUGAAGUUAGCAAUUCCAAGAGAAAAUCUUUUUACAAACUUAAAGCAAGUCCCUAUGAAGUGACGAAGAGUGAAAGCGAUAAGGAAGAAAUAGAAAAGUUAUGA